GAUUCGCAAAUCACUGUGCCACGACAGGAACUCCCUGGGGGGGGGGGUCUUAUUUUAAUGGGACUAAAUAGGCAGUUUCAGACGUGGUGACCUGCAGGCCUGAUGUACUUCUGAAAGAGAUUUCUGAGGCUGAAAUUAAAUGUUGUCACAGUCCACAGGGUUCAGAAUGGGUGUGGCAUGGCCUCUUCUGAGACUUAGAGGUGUCACAACACCUCCUGGAGAAAGCCCCUUGUCACAGCAGACCUCCGGUGGCAGUUGAUGGAUCCAGGGACCUAGGUGGCACUAGGGCAGCCCCCUCCCACCCUCAUCCUAUCCAAACAAUCAUAGGGUUCCAUGAGCCAACAGUCAGAGCCAGGAAUUGCUGCAGCUCAUUUUUGAGUCUUGAACCCUGUGUCCUGCUCCCUGCAACUUGACAACCCAUCACACUUGCGCCAAGGGAAUCUUCCUGGACUCUGGCCUGAACUAAGAAUGCUGUAAGCAAGUAAAGAGGGUCCCAGUCUGGGGCAAAAGACCAUCAGGAGCUGCAGAUCUGUCUGCCAGGAAACAGUACUCCCCAGCCCAGCCAGUCUGGGGUCUGUUGAGCCAGUGGCUGAGUGCCUGAGUUGGAAGUGUUUGGCUCUGCCUCUCAAUGAGCCGCUCAGCCGACCCGCCAUGCAGUUAGAAGACUAGGCUUUGCAGCUGUUGCUCUUGGCUACUGGGGGGGCUCCCUGGAGGAUAGGAUGGGCUGGGCUGGGCUGGACUGGACUGGACUGGGUGUCAGAGGCUAUGUGCAGUUUCAGAAUGUUUUAGGGGUGAGGACAGAUAGUAAGGUAGUGUUACUGCCUAGACUCUUGCCUACCUCUUUGGAGGGCUAAGCCAGUGCUGUUUGCUACCAAACACCUUUUUCCUAUUAACUAAGCAUCCCGCCCAUCUGGGCAGGAAUAGGCUUAGGGCCUGACAAGCAGGGAGCCAAGCUCCUACUGCCAACAACCAAAAAUUCCACAUUUCUAUGGGAUGGAAAGAGCCCCUGAGAAGCCAGAGCCAGCCCCUCCCUGUUGAGAGCUGAAGACUGACACGCAAAGCAGGGAACGGCUGGAGCAGCCUGUGGUGGAAAGUUGGAGUCCUGGUGUGUCGUAGGCAGAUGGAGGAGCAGAGAGCAGCUGGGGAGAUGAAGACUCAGAGGAUGUGGUGGACCAUGGCUGGGACGAUGCAGUUCCUGGCUUGGUUAAUGAUAGCCAUUUGCCUCCUCCCUGGGGUGACCACAACCCAGCACCGUGCAGGGCAGCCCAUGGACAGCACCAGCGUGGGAGGUGCCCUGCAGGAGCCAGAGGCCCCGGAAGUGAUGUUUGAGCUGCUCUGGGCUGGGCUGGAGCUGGAUAUCAUGGGGAAGCUGUACAUCCAGGACGAGGAACUGGCAUCCACACGUCCAGGCCGCCGGCUCAGGCGCCUCCUGCAGCACCACAUGCCCAGUGACUUGGAGAGUGCUGAGCAGCGGCUGCAGCAGUUCCAGGACCUGCGGAAGGGACCGCCUCUUAGCCCUUGGGACUUUGAACAUUUGCUCCUCACAGGCCUGUCCUGUGUCUACCGGCUCCAUGUGGCUAGUGAAACUGAGGAGAGGGCUCGCUGGGCCCAGGUCUUCGCCCUCCUGGCACAGGAAACACUCUGGGACUUGUGCAAGGGCUUCUGUCCCCAGGGCCAUCCCCCUUCUCUGGGGCCCUGGGCUUCUCCUUGACCCCUUCCCCUAACCCUCCCUUUUCACCUAUCAUUCCCCCUCUCCCAACUCCUCACCUGAGCCAGACCCAUCUUGGGCAGAGGCUUCUCUCUGGUGCCCGGUUCUUCCUACUGUGUUUAGGCUUCUGGGCUUGGCUUGUACCCUGGGCACCCCAGCUUAUCCCUCUCCCUUCUUCCCUGGGGCCAGGCAGCAGGCACAGACCUGAGGGCAGGACUUGCAGGCAGUGACUGUGUGUAUUAGAAUCAGGGGUGAGAAGUGUGUUUAAGAGAUACUGAAAGGGAAGCUGCUCCCAAGUAAGGCCACGGCAGACCCUUCAACUCCUACCCUGGUGGUCCAGGAGAGGUCCUGCAGAAUCUACAGGAAACCUGUAAAAAAGUGCUCUGCACCCAGCCCUAAUUUAGAUACCUCUUUUAAACCUAACCAAGGCUCUGGGGUCCCUGAGUCUCUAAGUUCCCCAUGUGGGCAAAGAGAACAGACUGGACACUAUUAGUUCAGUCUGCUGGAAGAAUGGAGGGAAGCCAGUGGAAGAAGAUUACUUUUUUGGGGGGGUGGGGGAAUGAGAAAUGGUUUUUUGGUCCAUUUCAACAAGGCUCAGAAGAGGAAGUUGAGGCUGGGAGGGGACUGAGGCUGGCCGGUGUAGUCCUGGUCCUGUGUAGCUCUUCCCAUAAAAUGUUUUGUUCUGGCUUCCUGGA